AUGGCGGACACAUCCCGGGACCCCCCUCCGGACCGAACCGACUUCCAUGAGGUGGAGGACGGAGAGGACCUGUUCCCGGAGCCGAGCGCCCCCCAGGAGGUAGAAGCUACAGAGGAGGUUUCGUUGGACAGUCCAGAAAGAGACGUCCUGCUGUCCGACGGCCCGUCUCCCGCCAUCACCCCCAUCACUCCCCCCACCUCCGUCAUCACCCCUCGCAUCGGCCACACACACGACGACAUGUUCACACACUCCUCGUUCGAUGAGAUCGAAGAGGAAGAAGGUGGAGAUUCUUUCGACAUUCACAUAUCCGUGUCCGAUCCUGAGAAAAUCGGUGACGGGAUGAACGCAUACAUGGCCUAUAAGGUGACCACCAAGACCUCCAUGUCUCUGUUUAAGCAGAGAGACGUCUCAGUGAAAAGGCGUUUCAGUGAUUUUCUGGGUCUGCACAGCAAACUAGCCUCCAAAUACCUGCACAUAGGCUACAUCGUUCCUCCUGCACCAGAGAAAAGCAUUGUGGGAAUGACCAAAGUGAAGGUUGGGAAGGAGGAUCAGUCGUCCAACGAGUUUGUGGAGAAGAGGAGGUCUGCGUUAGAGAGGUAUCUGAUGAGAACAGUCAAGCAUCCCAUCCUGCUGAAGGAUCCCGACGUCCUGCAGUUCCUGGAGAGCUCCGAGCUGCCGCGGGCCGUUAACACCCAGGCGCUGAGCAGCGCCGGGAUCCUGAGGAUGGUCAACAAAGCCGCCGACGCCGUCAACAAGAUGACCAUCAAGAUGAACGAGUCAGACGCCUGGUUCGAGGAGAAACAGCAGCACUUUGAGAACCUGGACAUCCAGCUGAAGAAACUCCAUGCCAGUGUGGAGUCUUUGGUCUGCCACAGGAAAGAGCUGUCCGUAAACACGGCGCAGUUCGCCAAGUCAGCGGCCAUGUUGGGGAACAGCGAGGACCACACGGCGCUGUCCCGAGCUUUGUCCCAGCUGGCUGAGGUGGAGGAGAAGAUCGACCAGCUGCACCAGGACCAGGCCAACGCCGACCUCUACCUCUUCUCUGAGCUGCUGGGAGACUACGUCCGACUGAUCAGCGCCGUCAAGGGAGUGUUUGACCAGCGGAUGAAGACGUGGCAGAAGUGGCAGGACAGCCAGAUGCUGCUGCAGAAGAAACGAGAAGCUGAAGCCAAGCUGCAGUUCACCAACAAACCGGACAAGCUGCAGCAGGCCAAAGAUGAGAUCAAGGAGGAGAUUGAGGAGCUGGAGGGAAAAGUCCAGCAGGGGGAGCGAGACUUUGAGCAAAUCUCCAAAACCAUCCGCAAAGAAGUCGGCAGGUUUGAGAAAGAGAGAGUGAAGGAUUUUAAAAUGAUCAUCGUUAAAUACCUGGAGUCGCUGGUUCAAACACAACAGCAGCUCAUUAAAUACUGGGAGGCCUUCCUGCCUGAAGCCAAGGCCAUCUCAUAGACACCACGGAGAAACUACACUACCCAUGAUGCACCUCUCCAUGAAGCAAAGAUGAGGAGUGAGACAGAUAAUCAAAGUAUCUUCUUGCAAUUAAAGAAACAAAGUUUGUGGUUUUCUUUCAGCUGAUCUGAACUUACAUUCUACACUGAAAACUAUUGCAAAACUGGAAAUAAAAUCUAUUAAACUUAACUUAACUUUUCAAACCCAGAUUUAAUCUCAAACAUCCAGUUUUUCAUUGAUUAAUUCCAUCAGCGGACACCAGGGGGCGUUUGAUCUCUACAUCUGUUUUAAAAGAUCCUUUUUAAUGGUGUGGAAAAGAGAAGAGUGUCUGGAUGUAUGGAAGCACAUUAUACCCAAAAAAAGCAGAAAAAGAAGGAAGCAGGAAAUAAAAU